UUAGCGUCCAGGAAGAGCAUCUCCUUCUAUGGCUGUGUACUGCAAAUGUUUUUCUUUGCUUGUUUUCCUGAUGCGGAGUGCUUUAUCCUGGCAGCAAUGGCAUAUGACCGCUAUGCAGCCAUCUGUAAACCAUUGCUCUACUGCACACUGAUGUCUAGGAGAGUAUGUAACUGCUUCAUUGUGUUGACAUACUUAGGUGGAACCAUGAGUUCAAUGGUGCAUGUCUGCUUCACAUUCAGGCUGCCCAUUUGUGGCUCCAAUAUUGUCAACCAUUUUUUCUGUGACAUCCCGCCUCUCCUGGCUUUAUCAUGUGCAGAUACCCAUAUCAACGAGCUUCUGCUCUUUGCCUUGUGUGGCUUCAUCCAGACCAGCACUUUUGUGGUCAUAUUUAUCUCUUACUUCUGCAUCCUCAUCACUGUUUUGAGCAUCAAGUCCUCAGGCGGCAGAAGCAAAACAUUCUCCACCUGUGCUUCCCAUCUCACAGGAGUCACCUUAUUCUAUGGAGCCCUCCUGUUUACGUACUUACGCCCCACCACCGAUUACUCUCCUGACACUGAUAAGGUGAUUGCAUUGUUUUAUACUGUUGUCUUUCCCAUGUUCAACCCAAUAAUCUACAGCUUCAGAAACAAGGAUGUAAAAAAUGCUCUCAAAAAGCUAUUAGAAAGAAACCGGAUUUUCAAAUGA